AUGGCCUCCCAGGACAGCGACUUUCACACCAAGGAGACCAACGGCACCAGCUCCUUCGAUCAUGCCGGCCCUACUCCCAAGCAGCGCAUGCCUUACGACUACGGCGGCAACCCGCUUGCGCACGUCGUGACCAACGAUCCCGCUAUGCGUCUUCCCGCUUUUGGCGGUGAAUUCCAGCCUGGCCUGUACAGGGCCCCCAAGAAGGGCUUUGCCAACCCUGCGCCGCUCGGUCUCUCGGCUUUCGCCCUGACCACUUUCGUCCUCUCUUUGAUCAACCUCCAGACCAGGAACAUCGCCGAGCCCAACAUCGUCGUGGCUCUCGCCUACGGCUACGGCGGCCUGGUGCAGCUUCUUGCUGGCAUGUGGGAGAUGGCUGUCGGCAAUACCUUUGGUGCCACCGCCCUCUCUUCCUACGGCGGUUUCUGGCUUUCCUUCGCUAUUGUCCUGACGCCCGGUGGCUUCAAUAUUGUCGCCGCUCUUGAAGCCGACGGUGGCAAGGCGGAGUGGCUCAACUCGUUCGGCCUGUAUCUGAUGGGUUGGUUCAUCUUCACCUUUAUCCUGCUCAUCUGCACGCUGAGAUCCACCGUGGCCUUCUUCUUCCUCUUCUUCACGCUUGACCUUGCAUUCCUAAUGCUCGGAAUUGGAUAUCUCCACCACCACGGCACCGGCAAACCUCAGACGGAAUGCAUCAAGGCCGGCGGUGUGUUUGGAAUCUUGGCGGCGUUCGCAGCCUGGUACAACGCCCUUGCUGGUAUUGCUGACUCCAGCAACAGCUUUUUCGUCAUUCCUGUCGCACACUUCCCCUGGUCCGACAAGGGCCGUGAGAGGCGGAAUAAGGCUAACAACGAUAUCUCCCGUGCCGAGCAGGGCGCCUAA